GCGGCGGCGGGGCCGGGCCGGGCCCGCGGCGGCGGCGGCGGCGGCGGCGGCAGCGGCAGCGGCAGCAGCGAAGGGGUGGAGGACUUCUCCGCCCGCAGUUGCCACGCUGCGGUGGCCGUGGCGGGAUGGUGUAGCCGGGUCUGCGUGCGGGCCGGGGCGAGGCGGCCGGGAACGGCCGACGCCGCCUGAGGGGCUCGGGCGCAGCGGCAGCGCGCUGAGGGGGCGUCGCCGCCGCCGGUCUCCGGUGCUGCCGCCGCCGCCGCCGGACGCCGCGCCCGCCAUGGCGUCCCGGGCGGUGCUCGACGAGUUCACGGCCCCCGCGGAGAAGGCGGCGCUGCUGGAGCGGAGCCGCGGCCGCAUCGAGAGCCUGUUCGGCGUGAGCCUGGCCGUGCUGGGUGCGCUGGGGGCCGAGGAGCCGUUGCCCGCGCGCAUCUGGCUGCAGCUGCGCGGCGCGCAGGAGGCGGUGCACAGCGCCAAGGAGUAUAUUAAAGGAAUCUGUGAACCUGAAUUAGAAGAAAGAGAAUGUUACCCCAAAGCCAUGCACUGCAUUUUUGUUGGGGCACAGAGCCUCUUUUUAAAGAGCUUGAUUCAAGACACGUGUGCUGACCUCUGCAUUCUGGACAUUGGCCUGCUUGGCAUCAGAGGGAGUGCUGAGGCUGUGGUCAUGGCGAGAAGUCACAUUCAGCAGUUCGUGAAGCUCUUUGAGAGUAAGGAGAACCUGCCCAACAGUCAGAAAGAAUCAGAGGUGAAAAGAGAAUUCAGACAGUUUGUUGAAGCUCAUGCGGACAGUUACACGAUGGAUUUGUUGAUUUUGCCCACUUCUUUGAAAAAAGAACUUUUGACACUCACACAAAGUGGGGAGAAUCUAUUUGAAACAGGAGAUGAUGUUAUUGAAAUUCAAGAUUCCCAACAUACUCCAUUCACACAGAAUGCUGCCACAGGUCUGAGUAUUUCCAGAGAGGAAGUCAUUUUGCAGGAAGAGGCAAGAAAUAAAGCUGGUACUCCUGUUUCUGAACUCACAAAACAGAUGGACACAGUGCUUUCUAGUUCACCAGAUGUGCUUUUUGUUCCAGUAAAUGGUCUGACCCCGGAUGAAGAGGCACUUUCCAAAGACAGGGUUUGUCACAAAAGGAGGUCUUCUGAUUCCGAGGAAAGGCACACCAAAAAGCAGUUUUCUUUGGAAAAUGUUCAGGAGGGGGAGCUUACACAUGAUGGUCAGUCAGCAGCCGGGAGUGUUGUCAUUGACUUGUCCGAUUCUGAAGUUCUGAGUCCAGAUGUAAAAGACACUACUGAGGAAAUGGAAUACAACAUCCUUGUAAACUUCUUUAAAACCAUGGGCUAUUCCCAAGAAAUUGUUGAGAAGGUCAUUAGGGAAUAUGGGCCAUCUACUGAGCCAUUAUUGCUCUUAGAAGAAAUUGAAAAAGAAAAUAAAAGGUCCCAGGAAGAUAGAGAAUUUUCACCUGGCACUGUGUAUUCAGAGACCAACAAAACCAAAAAUAAGAGUGUUUGUAGCAGCAUGAAUGAACUUACAACAGAUUCCACUCCAAAGAAAACACAGACUCAAUCACAGCAAAAUAUGGGAGAAAAAUUUUCUCAGUUACCAUUCAAAGUAGAAACUAAACCUUGUACCUCAAACUGCCGAGUGAAUACUUUCAGAACAGUGCCAGUAGAGCAGAAACAUGAAAUCUGGGGUUCAAACCACAGCUACAGUGGCAACACAGACCUUGAAACUGAUGGCCUCUCACCUUCUGUUGCACCUUCAAGCCCCAAAGAAGUCAGUUUUGUUUCAAGGGGCACACCAAGUCACCAGCCCAGAAUUCCAGUUUUUCCUGAAAAUGGUUUGCAGCAGCAAGCAGAACCCUUGCUUCCAAAUAAUGUGAAAGCUGCCUGUGAGAAGCGUUUGGGAUGUUCUAAUUCCCCUCAGUCCAAGCCCAACUGCCCACCCCGUUCUCCCCCAAUGCCACGACCUCAUCUGUUACCUUCAGCGCCUGAUGCAAGGUUGGCAGGGCCUUCUGAGCACAUUGACUCCUCAGUUACUGGGGUUCAGAGGUUUCGAGAUACCCUGAAAGUACCGUACAAGCUGGAAUUAAAAAAUGAACCUGGGAGAACGGACUUGAAGCACAUUGUCAUAGACGGGAGCAAUGUUGCAAUUACCCAUGGUUUGAAAAAGUUCUUUUCUUGUCGUGGGAUUGCAAUUGCAGUUGAAUAUUUUUGGAAGCUUGGCAACAGAAACAUCACUGUGUUUGUCCCUCAGUGGAGAACAAGGCGUGAUCCUAAUGUCACAGAACAGCACUUCUUAACCCAGCUCCAGGAGCUUGGAAUAUUAUCUUUAACUCCUGCUCGGAUGGUCUUUGGAGAAAGAAUUGCUUCUCAUGAUGACAGGUUUCUACUACACUUAGCGGACAAAACUGGUGGCAUAAUUGUAACAAAUGAUAACUUCAGAGAAUUUGUGACUGAGUCAGUCUCUUGGCGAGAAAUUAUUACGAAAAGAUUGCUGCAGUACACUUUCGUGGGGGACAUAUUUAUGGUUCCUGAUGAUCCUCUGGGAAGAAGCGGACCUCGCCUAGAAGAGUUUCUUCGGAAGGAAGUCUGUCAUAGAGACAUGCAGCCCCUCCUCAAUGCCCUGCCGACCGUGGGCAUGUUUGACCCCAGCUUCAGAGUCCCUGGCACCCAGGCGGCCAGCACCAGCCACCAGCCUGCGGCCCGGAUUCAGGGAGCCCCUCCCAGCCACUGGCUUCCUCCGCAGCCCCGCUUCCCGCUCCUGGCGCCCCUCCCCAGCAUCCCGCAGAACCUGUCCAUGCCAGCACAGAGGUCUUCUGCAGAGACCAGCGAGCUGAGGGAAGCCCUCCUCAAGAUCUUCCCCGACUCCGAGCAAAGACUGAAAAUCGACCAGAUCCUGGUGGCGCAUCCGUACAUGAAAGACCUCAACGCCCUGUCUGCCAUGGUGUUGGACUGAAGGUGGCGGCAGCACGGAGCCUGGCCUGGCGGCAAGUACCGUAAUGUGAAGGACCCGGUGUCCCCGUGCACACGCACCUGUGCUGUACAGGGCAUGGAAGAGGUUGUGUGUGUAAAAAAUCUGGGUUUUCAAAACCAGCUUUUUUCUAUAUAUAAAUUAUGCUGCUAUUACAGAUUUAACCUUUUCUGUAAAAGGAAAGUCUACAUUUUCUGCCUGUUCAGAACUGUUUAAUAGCAGUUACUCUGGAGUGUAUUUACAUUUUUAUGUUUUUUAAACUAUUUUCCUUAAAGCUGAAAAUAUUGAUAAAUGGAUAUGGUUAGUCUUUCUAAUAAAAAAAAAAAAGAGCUGCUUUCCUCAGGAAAGCAGGACUCUUAAAGUCUAUUUUCUUGAGAUGACUCUGUCCCGUCCAGCACUGGGAAGUGUGCUGUCCCUCCCCGCCUCUGCCCUUCCCCCGGAGUUACACUUGGUUGCUCCUGUGGGGUCCUGGGUCACAGUCGCUCAUGGGAGUGGACAGGUGGUGCCACUAGAUGGCACUUUGUGCCUAGCCUUGUUCACGCCCAGGGCCAAGUUAGACUCAGAGAAUAUGGGGCUGGGAGAAGUCUUAGGGCUCCUGCUGCCCCACAGAAGAGGGAAGUGUGGUCCAGAGUGCCGUGAGUGGCUGCGCAGGGACCAGACUCCGGCCCGGAUCACAUCUCUGCCUCUGGAGGCCGCAGCGGGCGUGAGGAGGCUCAGGGACAUCUCAUGUCCACAGCCCUGGGCUGCACCUCCAUGUGUGGUUUGUACAGCUUUGCCAAAAACCACUUUCCCACUCUUGAAGUGACCCAAGCCAGUACAUAGCAUUAGUAGCUUCUGGGGGUCCCGGAGCCCCUCUGUUUGUUUUUCCUGUGUCUGUCUCUUCAGUGUUUCCUGGACAGCUCUUCCUGUGAGUCUCAGAAUUGGCAUCCUUGGAAUUCUCCUUCCUCAGUGUUUCUAAUCUCUGUGUCAGUGAAGUUCUUUUCCUGGGUGACUCAGCAUUUUCACCCUUCUCCGGACUUAAAGGGCUUAGUACCUUAUACCCGUGCGCCUAGCGCUGCUCACGGUCAGUGUCAUGUCUGUGCUGUGGUACGUGUCGUUGUCCUGGCCGCAUUGGUGGCGGCCGAGGCCGCCUGCUGGUCUGCUCUUCACGUUGAGGGGCCUGGUGGCAUCACGAGGCUCUCACCAGCAGUUUCCCCUGGCUUUCGUUUGGUCCCAGCACCCCUCAGGAGGUGGUUCCAGAGCCAUCCAGCUUGGGCAGCUUGGACUCCGGUCGCCUGUUGUCGGGUGCCUUGAUUAGGUUGUCAGCGGUGGCUUUGGGGCCCGUUGCCCAGUCAGUGGCGGUGCACGUGGAGUGGAAGACUGAGGCAGCCAGGAAUGGGGAUUGCAGCCCCUGCCCCCGUCGCUCAGCUUUCAGAAGCACAGCAGAGGCGAGGAGCAGGUUCGUGAGUGACCUUGACCUCGUGGCUCAGCGUUCGGCCAUGCACUGUUUGCCUCCUGAGAGGAGACAGCUGGGAGCCUGACCCCAGCAGCCAGGCUGAGGGGUGGACGUUUCCUAGGCUCUGGAAGUCACUUGACCUUUGACCUUUGAAUGUUUUCAAGAUCCUCUGAGAGACCUAGCUGCCCACUUAGCCUUUCUCAGCUAUGGCAAGGCAAGAAGAUCACUUACCCUUACAUGAAAGGUAAUGGACGGUCCUGAAAUCUGGGGCAUUUGAAUUUAGUAUUUAAAAUCCCACUUCUGAGACCAUUAAGGAAAGCAAAUGGCUUGUUCUCAGCGUCCUCCUGACACUCAGCUCUGUGCUGCUAGCCAGGUGUUCCUAGGUGGUCUGCCUCUGCCGUAGUGGCCCUGCUGCCGCCUGGGCGUGUUGGCCGGAACCUCCCCGUCUGGCAGCCAUUCCCACUUUCCCCACGCUAGCACAGGCAGACACAUCUGGCAGUUGGAAGGUCCUGGUGGAGCUGAAGGGGCCCUGGGUGGGAAGAGACCCGCCUGGUGCUGCCAUCCAGUGGCCUGCAUCUGAGCUCCUGUGGGCUGCCCGUGAGGACAGUUAGGGCAUCUCAGCCAUCUCGCGGGGCAGCCGUGGCGCCAGGACGCAGGCCUCGUAAGAGCAGGCUCCCAUGGGCCGCACCUGCCGAGUGCAGAGGAGGUCCCAUGGCCUCACCGAAGCCCAGGCUCUGUACCUCGGCUCCAGCUGCCUCCCCUCCCCUGCCCGGCCCUGGCGCAUCAGGAGCAGCGUGCUUCCCACUGCUGUCUCACCAACACUUCCUGUCCCCACCUGUCCUCAAGUCCUCCCUCCACAUGUCUCCCCACGGAGCUCACAUUACAAUAAAGUCACCUGAUUUCCUCUGAGAAUUGCGUUUGUUCAUUGGACAUACUUACCCCAACUUCCCGCCCUUCACUUCCCGUGGGAUCCUCCCGCCCUGCCACGGGGCAGUGGUCUCAGAAGCGUCGCCAGGGACUCCAGAGGCCUUUGGCGUGCACACCCAGCAAGCCCGGCGCCUGAUGCCUUAGAGUCCCCACAAGCCCAAGCCCUUAACAACCUUCUUGUUCUUAACAGGAGGUUUUCAGGCUGGGGGCCACCUGUAGAUCUGCUGGUAGAGAGGGCAGCUCCUGUUGAAAAUGGCCCGGGAGACGCGGGUUCAUAGCUGUGGUUGAGGCCUGGGGCUCUGCAGCAUCAGUCCACUGUCUGCCUGGCUCCAGCGACCCCAGAGUCCACAUUUUGAGAAAGUCUGUGCUUACCUUUAGGGGUCCCCACUCUUCCCCCUCUGUCGCCCCUCCCUCCUGCCCCACCUGCCCUCCCCGUGGCCCCUGCAUCUGCCUUGUCCCCUAGUCUCCUGGCUUUGCCAGGGGCAGUGGGCCUGACCAGCCAGGCCACCUCUCUGCUCCCCGCUCUCCCUUCCAGACACACGCACUCUGUGACCUUCAGUGGCCUUGACUGGAGCAUCAAAUCCAGGUGCCCAAGUUUUAGUGUGCAGGAAGGUCCACUUCCCAGCACACCUGCCUGCCUGCGUAAGUGCUCCCACACCACAGCCACACCUUGUCCCAUUACCCGCUUGCGUGGGCGUCCCUUGCAGAUAGUUCCCCCUUCAGGGGCCAGCCCCAGGUCCCCUCCAUGCCCUCACCCAGCGCUCUGACCAGAAGCAGCCCCGUGGUGUUCUGUGGCCCCACAGCACUUUGUGUGUUGCUUUUGGCACUUGCCAGCCUGGCGGUGUGGCUGCAGCUGCUCGUGUACUGUGUCUUAUCCUAGACUGUGAGCUCCUCGUGGGCAGGGACCGUCUGUGUUCACUCUGUAGCUGCCACGGCGCCCAGCACAGCGCCUUGCACUCGGUAGGUGCCCAAUAAAUGUGUGCUCAAGUGAA